UCAUGUGACCAGCUCAGUCAAAACAAAGAUGGCGGCCGUGUUAGUCCCGUUGGUGGUUCUGUGUUCAGUUCUCAGUCCGGGUUCUUGUUGGUUCGGCAGAGGAGACUCAGAGCGACGACAGUUGUUCGUCCAGUUAAACCCUGGCUCGCCCUCUCCGCCUGCUGGUGGUGACCUUCUGCACGUCAGAGCCGUGGGAGACAACGACACGCUUCACUUCCUGUUCUGCAGCCAGGGGGCGCCGACGCUGCUCCUGGUCCACACCAACACUUCUUCUUCUAAUGUCACGGUUGACUGGCCUCAGUUUGAAGCUCGAAAUGUUAGCGGUAGCCUGAAGGUGGAGCCGGAGAGCAGUGUCCUCUACAGCACUGCCAUCGUCUUCAGCAGAUUGUUGGAGUACAAUGACGUCAACGACACGGCUGAUGUGACCUCUGACCUUUUCCCGCCCUACAACCUCCAAGACUUCCUGUGGUCUCAUUUCAACCUCUCAGGCGUGGCGUCUCACCCGUCAGGAGUCAGCGCUCUGCUCUGCAGCGCCACUGUGACCUUUGGCAGCGGCCAACUCUGCCUUCAACUGUCAGUGUUUGAGUCAGAGGGGCGUGUUGAGACAUGGCCCCGCCUCUUCCACACGGCUAAUUCCUCCCAGAUAGGGGUGUGGUUAGAUGGCGUGCUGCCACGAGGGGGGCAUUCCAGGUUCAUGUUGGAGAUGGAGGCAGUGGGCGGAGCUUAUCCUCUGAGCAGAGUGGAAGUUCAGAGGUCAAUCGAUGACGAGUUCACGCCGUCAAUAUUCAAGGUGUCCCACUGGGUGGCGGUGGAGAAUGGUUCCUGUGACGUUCUUGGUUUCGUUCUUUGGAAGCCGGUGGCGUACCGUCGUCUUGACCCAGCUCUGGAGGAUGCCACGCCGUGCCGACACUCGGAGCCUCGGCGCCACAGUGGCGAGGAGACAGCGGCAUUGUCAGGGUUGGUCCGAGCGUUCUUCAGAGAACCACAGAGUUUUGGACUAAAUGUGAGCUUCGGCAUCGCUGGAGAACCGUUCUACAACAGCACCCGCUUCCUCCGCUGGACAGCAUUGGUUGGCGUGGGCCCGCCCCACUCGGACUCCUUUUCCCCAUUGGUCAUCAGCGUGUUGGCAGUCGGUCUGGGAACACCGCUGGUCCUCCUUCUGAUGGGCGGAGUCUUUGUCUGCAUCAGGAAGAGGGCGGGGCCUUCUACGUUGGCAUAUGAGCCAAUCAACUAAAGAAGGGGGCGUGGCCAAAGGAAAUUUAGACUUUUUCAAAGACUGAAUCAGAAUCCAGAGUUUUAACACUUUUUUACAGGUCAACGAUGUCAUCGUUUAUUUUAAGUCUGAUUUUAAGGUUGAUUAAAUCCAUUUUAAACA